UGUGUUUUGUCGUGUACCGUGGAGGUGUUCUGUUUACGUAUAUAUACGCGACAUCUUAUCUGGUGAUAGAACGUGUUUACUUUCCGCAGAUCUCCGAAUCGCAAUGUUUUUAGUGAUAGAUGCGCUGAUAAGGCGGUAGCUAGAUUAGAUAAGAAGUGAUGUGCAUUGUGUACCUGGCUUAUCAAUAAACACAACGGUUGCAGCGCGGGAUUCAACAUUCAACAACAACAAAUUCACAGGACACCUAUUGGAAUGAAGCCAAGGCAGCUGACAUGGGUCCCCGCAUUACUCGUCUUAUACUGUGUCACCGCACAAGACACCAACUCCCAAUACACCCCAAAUCCUCAGUACACUCCUGGUUCCCAAUAUAACUCGUACAAUUUUAACAACCCCUCUUCCACUGGUGGUCCGAAUAGUGACUACAACCCUUAUAACCCAGUAACACAAGAACCACAGUAUGGUCAGAACAACCCCAAUUCACAAAAUGUGCCAUACGGGCAAUUCAAUCGGACUGGACAAAACCCAUACGGAACUAUUGAUCCAAAUCGCCCCAAUGAUCCAUAUGGGAGUCGACCUAAUGAUCCAUAUGGAAAUAGGCCCAAUGAUCCCUAUGGUAACAGACCCAACGAUGCCUAUGACAAUAGGGACAGGGGAGGCAUAUACGACGAUACGGAUUUCUAUGGGGGCGACAGAGAGUCUUGGAGGAAUCCUUCUUAUGUAGGCGGUGGGGGUUCACACUUCAAUAGCCACUCAACUAUUAUUAGAGAGGCAACAUAUUUUGCCGUUGCCUCAAAAAUGGUACGACCAGGACAAUUAUACAGAGUUUCUGUAACAGUGCUUAAAGAAAAACAACCGUUGACUGUUAGAGCUUCUAUUCAAAGAAAUGGAGUUGAAAUGUCAGAAGACCACAAACCUGUGAAAGAGGGAAUACCAGAAACUCUUUUAAUGAGGGUUCCUACAACUAGUGCUAUCGGUGAAUAUAAACUAAGAGUUGAAGGUCUCUACGAAGAUGUUCUGGGAGGUGCUGCAUUUGUUAACGAGACGAAAUUGACCUUUUCUCAGAGGUCGAUGACCAUUUUUAUACAACUAGACAAACCUGUGUAUAUGCAAGGUGAAAAAAUACAUUUCCGAACAAUACCAAUAAACUUCGACUUAAAAGCUUUCAACGAUGCUGUUGAUGUGUUUAUGCUGAACCCUAAUGGACAUAUUAUGAAACGGUGGUUGUCUCGACAAUCAAAUUUAGGUACGGUCAGUUUGGAUUAUCAGCUCUCUGAUCAACCAGUAUUUGGGGAAUGGAAAAUUAGGGUUAUCGCUCAGGGACAAAUUGAGGAAUCGACAUUUUUGGUAGAAGAGUAUUAUCAAACAAGAUUUGAGGUUAAUGUUACCAUGCCAGCCUUCUUCUUAAACACAGAGCAGUAUAUUCACGGACUAGUCAUGGCGAAUUACACCAGUGGCGCUCCUGUAAAGGGCAAUUUAACACUAAAAGCCACAGUGAGGCCUAUCAGGCCUAUAGAUCCUAGUAGAAUGAUAAACAAAAAUAUCCCUAGGCCCAUGGAUGUGCCCAAUCAGUAUUAUGAUCCAAAUAGAGGCUUUGAUCAAAACUAUCCUUACAAUUAUCCUGCGAAUAAUACAUACCGUGAUCAGUAUAGCAGUUAUGACAAGCCAGUAAUAGAAAAGUAUUUUAAUUUUGAUGAACAAUUGCCAUUUUGGUUUAACGUACCUGAAAAUUAUUACGAACCUGUACCCGUCAUGAAAUUUUUUGAAGGUGUUUACGAAUUUAAAUAUCCGAUUCAGGAACUCUUGCACUACGUUUCCUCCCUAGAUGGAAUGGAAAUUGUCGUUAAGGCCACUGUGGGUGACAGAUUUCUCGAUGAAGUCGUCGAAGGUUAUUCAACUGCUAGAGUGUUCAAUUCCUCCAUUGAACUAAAAUUUUUGGGCGACUCGCCACAGGUUUUCAAACCUGGAAUGCCAAUAACAGCAUAUCUUGUUGCUUCAUACUAUGAUGGUUCACCUCUGACUACUGAGAACCUACGAAGUAGUGUCCUUGAAGUGACGACUGGAGUAGAAAUGAGAGGUGGAGGUAGAAGAGACAUACCGAUCCGACAGCUGCAUCAGAUGGAUGAAAAUCCCGGCAUUUGGGAAUAUAAGAUUGAUAUAAAGCGAGAUCUAGGUAUAAGUGGACCAAAAGCUUAUGAGGAGCUUAGUCAAAUAGGUACAUUAAAAAUUAAUGCCGUUUAUAAGGAUGGUUACACGGGUCAGAGAGCGCAAGCGGAACUGUUAAUGUUGGCCCAUUACAGCAUGAACGAUCAGCAUAUAAAAGUCGUUACAAGCACCAUAAGCCCUAGGGUCGGAGAAUACAUGAUUUUCCACAUAAGGAGCAACUACUACAUUGAAAAGUUCAAUUAUCUCAUAAUAUCAAAAGGUAUUGUGUUGUUAACCGGUGACCAAGAUAUGAACGAUUUUGUGAGUACAAUGGCGAUCGCGUUGAGUGCUGAGAUGGCUCCCGUCGCCACGAUCAUUGUUUGGCACGUGGGUAAAUACGGGGAUAUUCAAGUUGACAGUCUCACUUUUCCAGUGAACGGCAUCAGCAGAAAUAAGUUCAAAGUAUUCAUCAAUAACAAAAAGGCCCGCACGGGCCAGAAAGUAGAAGUGGCCAUUUACGGCGAACCGGGCUCUUACGUUGGAUUGUCAGGCAUCGACAAAGCAUUCUACACCAUGCAAGCUGGAAAUGAACUGACGUACGCCAAAGUCAUCACAAAAAUGUCAAAGUUCGACGAACAGUCCAAUGGGACCUACCAACAUACUUGGUUUUCGCACGAAGGCAAUCCCGAUGAAUUAGUGUACUUCCCGUCCAGCACUUUUGGUAUUGAUGCCAACAGGACUUUUGAAUUCGCCGGACUGGUAGUGUUCAGCGAUUUCGUUUUACCUAGGAAGCCUAGUGCCUGUAACGCUACUAAUGGGUUUCUAGAAUGCUUGAAUGGACAGUGCUAUCAUUUCAGGAAAAGGUGCGAUUUCUACAGAGAUUGUCAGGAUGGAAGCGAUGAAGCAGGAUGUCAUUAUGAAAAUACAACGGAGCUGGCACUCUUCCGCAAGUUUAGAUUCAACAGGAUCCAACGACAAUAUGAGAACGUGUGGCUAUGGAAAGACGUGAAUAUAGGUCCGCACGGCCGUUACAUCUUUAAUGUUCCCGUACCAGCGAGACCUGUCCAUUGGAUGAUCUCCGCUUUUUCCAUGAGCCCUUCCAAAGGUUUUGGAAUGUUAAACAAGGCUAUCGAGUACGUCGGUGUCUUGCCUUUCUUCAUAAAUGUAGAAAUGCCAAACAUUUGCAUGCAAGGUGAACAAGUUGGUAUCCGUGUCACCGUUUUCAACUACAUGUUGGACAAUAUGGAGGCCACCGUUGUGCUAAAUGGGUCACCCGAUUAUAAAUUUGUUCACGUUGAGGAAAACGGCUUUGUUAGAGCCUAUAAUCCUCGGACAUCCUUCGGAGAACAUCAGUUCCUCAUUUUUAUUAAAGCGCAAGAUGCAGCUGUAGUUUAUAUACCCAUCGUUCCAACUCGUCUUGGUGAUAUCGAGGUCUCAGUCCACGCUACCACACUUAUUGGUACAGACAGAAUCACAAGAAUGUUGCACGUAGAAUCUGAUGGCCUUCCACAACACAGGCAUCAAUCCAUGCUCCUUGAUUUGAGUAACCGUGCUUAUGCGUUCCAAUACAUGCACAUCAACGUUACCGAAACUCCUAUUAUUCCGUACGAAUACGAUCGUUACUAUAUCUACGGAUCCAAUAAAGCAAGGAUAUCGAUUGUGGGUGACGUUGUCGGACCCGUGUUUCCAACAAUGCCAAUGAAUGCUACAUCUCUUCUACAUUUACCAAUGGAUUCUGGAGAACAAAACAUAUUUUCUUUUGCCGUCAACAUGUAUACUUUGCUCUAUAUGCGUUAUACUCAAAUUAAGAAUAAAACUCUGGAAAGGCAGGCAUUUUAUUAUAUGAAUAUUGGUUAUCAACGACAGAUGUCCUUCAUGCAGCCUGAUGGAUCGUUCAGCACAUUUAGAAGUGAUUGGAACCAAUCGGCAUCUUCCGUCUGGUUAACAUCGUACUGCAUUCGCAUUUUCCAAGAAGCCAGUUUUUACGAGUGGGAGAAUUAUAUUUAUAUCGACCCGGCCAUCAUCGCCAAAUCCGUGGAGUGGGUACUUAAGCACCAACACCCAGAAGGCGCCUUCUGGGAAGAGAGUUGGUUACCCGACCGUAAAUACAAUUCUAGUCUUAACUUGGAAAACGAUCCAAUUAGAUAUAGAAACAUCACGUUAACUGCUCAUGUACUUAUCAUGUUGGAGUCUGUGAAAGAUUUAACAAGUGGUCUCAGUUCAAAAGUGGCUAUAGCGGCACAAAGGGCAAUUCAUUGGCUGGAACGUAACAUGGACUUGCUUAGAGACGAGGGCAACCCGUUCGAAGUGGCCAUAGUAGCCUACACCCUGAUGAAAAGCAAAGCACCGAACGCCGAAAUGGUGUUUAUCGAGUUGUCUCGGAGACAACACUCGGAAGGUGGUUUAUUGUACUGGGGUAGAAAAUACGUGCCCCAGCCACCGACAAAACUAGAAAACCACAUACCAUUCUCAUUGCCCCGCCUCCCGUAUGAAUACGAUUCUGAAAAUAUCGAGGCGACAGCUUACGCUUUGAUGGUGUAUGUUGCCAGACAAGAAAUAUUUGUGGACAACAUCGUUCGGUGGCUUAACACUCAGCGGUUGACUGACGGGGGUUGGGCGUCCACUAUGGACACCGCAAAUGCCAUGAAAGCUCUCAUCGAGUACACUUCUUCGCAACGUAUUCGUGACAUUUCUAGUCUUUCCGUUUCAAUCGAGGCGGCGUGUUUGCCUGGUGAAGCCAAGGUUAUGUACGUCAACGAUAUGAACAGAGCGAAACUCCAGUAUAUAGAUAUACCGGACGCUUGGGGUACAGUGAAAGUUCAAGGAAAGGGUACCGGGUACGCAAUUUUGCAGAUGUCCGUGCAGUACAAUGUAGACGUGAAAAGAUUCCAGACCGAACCGCCCGUCACCGCUUUUGAUCUAUGGACCAAACAGACGUACGCUGGCAGGAAUCACUCUCAUAUAACCUAUACCAGCUGUCAAAGAUGGAACCAUUUGUCAGAAUCUAACCGAUCAGGAUUAGCCGUUUUGGAUGUAGGAAUCCCAACCGGCUAUAUUAUUCAACAACAAGAUUUAGACGCAUAUAUUUUGUCAAGAAGUGUUAAGAACCUUCAAAGAGCGCGUUUCCUAGAAAGAAAAGUCAUAUUUUAUUUCGAUUAUUUGGAAUAUGAGGAAACCUGUAUCAAUUUUACUGUAGAAAGAUGGUAUCCGGUAGCUAAUAUGUCCCAGUUCUUACCCAUCAGGGUUUAUGACUACUAUGCACCAGAACGAUUCAACGAAACAAUAUUUAACGCCUUCUCAUUAUAUUCCCUGGACAUCUGUCAAGUGUGCGGCAGCAGCCAGUGUCCCUACUGUUACAUAUACAACACAGCGUCAAAUAUACCCCUUCCUGUAUAUACCGUUUUAAUAACGUCUGUCUUAUCAAUAAUACGAUAUCUUCGCUUGCAACAAGACGUUAUACUAUAAAAAUUUAUGAGAAAAAAUAUAUUUGUUGUUACAAUAUUAUAUGAAUCAAAAAAUGGUUGAAUUUGUAUUAAGAUUUUAAUCCCAAAGAGAACUGUAGUUAUCUUAAAAAGCAAAGACGAGAUUAUUGUCCUUGUUAAACUGUUUAAAGUGUACAAUUCCUUUGUGGGUUACCAUUUUGUAAAAAAAAAUAGUAAUUUAGUACAAAGUAGUAGAGUGCCUAAUUUAAAAUUAAAAAAUUCUAAUACAAAUUCAGGUAAUCGAGGAAGCGCUCAAUUUCAUACAACUUUCCGUUUUCUGUGCUUUCUUACUUAACCUUGUGUUCAUUAUUUUAAGGUUAUCCAUUGGUAUUUUUUCUGGAAGUUGAUUGUAAUAGAAUCUCUGACUUGUAUAGUUUUAUUUUCUUAGAGCAUUUACGUUUUUAUUAUAUUUAUACGAUCAAGUGCAUAUCUAAUACUCACACAUGACGAAUUAAUUAACUGUGGCAAGGUCCACUAAUAUUUGAGCAGCUGUGCUCUGUUAGUCUCAAUAAAAACCGUCCAUUUUGCACUAACCUAGUUGGUGUCUUAGGCUUAGAGAAAAAAGUAUCUAAUAUAUUCUUAAAAUAGAUAGGAAUUUGUCUAAUUUUUUUCUAGUAUACCUUUUGUUUUUUAUUUUUGCAUUUUUAUAUAUUGUACAUUGUUUAUACAAAUUAUACUAAGACUUUGUGAAACCGUCAAGUAAAUUCAAAUCUUUACUUGAUAGUCUCGUUUGUUACUUUGACAGUAGUGGUAUACAGGCUGUUACAAAAUUUCAGCCUUGUUUGAGGUGAUAUUUAAAAAAGAACAACACUCAUAUUUCGAAAACUAAU